UGGGGUGUAGGACAGAUCGCCUCCGCGUGGUGCACCCCGGAUAGCGCUAAAUGAUCUGCGGCCUCAACGGCCUUCCUGAACGAUGAUGACCCCCCCGCUUUCGGAUUUGGACUAAUUCUCUUCGAAUAUAUUCUUGACUUUUUGACCCCUGUGCUGGUAGUCGCGGCAUUCUGCCACCUGAGUAUGCGGAGGUGAAACUCCGCAGAAAUGGCUGGUGGGCUAAUGACGUGUCUGCCCCCGUCCCGCUAAAACCCUGGCAGGCCUUGGAGUACGUUCCAAACCCGUAGCCAUUGGGUUGGCGGUGUAGGUGCGGUUGAAGCGACUCCCGUCUUUGUGUCCGGUCUGGCUCUGAACGCAUGCCCCAUAAGGACAUGCGUCAACCCUCGCAUGGCCUCCCUGCUACGGCACAGACAACCAUGGGACCCUUUAAGGACGACUACACACUACGGGUUUGGAUAGCGGCUUCGAGUGGGGACCCACUCAAAGCAACAAUGAACAACAAAAACACAACAACAGCAAACAACAACACAACAAACAAAACAAGAACCCAGCAGAAAGCUUCAAGGGGUAGCGGGAACUCGAAACUGAGUCCCAAAACCACCUCUCCUAGGACAGGAGGAACGAUCGUGUCUCCUCGAAAAUUUUCACCCCGGGGGGUAGUCUCUGGUGUGGGUUAUGCGUCGGAAUCAAUGCGUAAGGCAGUGACCGAGGGAGACAUCGAGGGAAAUUUGCUUUCGAUUUUCAGUAGGAAUCCAGAAUGGAUGGCUAUCGGAGCACAGACGAAACUGUCUGCGAUUCCUAAAGUAGUGGCGUUGGAUGGGGAAGCCAGCACCAGCAAAGGACUUUCCUCUAGAUUUCCGGGCAUUUCGGAGGUAUCUCUUCGAGGACCCUCCACUAGGCCUAAACGGCAGGAAGGGCAGGGUAAACGGUCCUUCUCUGAACUUAUUAUGGCUACUAAGAUCCUGGAACGCUACGGUGGGCAGAAUAACUCUCAGUUAUCUGAGAAGCAUUCCCCGACGCUCGAGCGGGCCAGGAAGGUCAUCAGAGGAGCAGAGGAGGGUGGUGGAACAGGAGUGGAAGCGAGUGCACCACAACUGGACUCGGGAGUAAAAAGGCAACGCUUCCAGGAGGAGGAUGUCUCCCACGAAAAGAGACCCAGGAUUGGUGGUGGCUCGCCAAAAUCGUUUAGCGAAGUCGUUAAACAGGCGGGCUCCAUCAUUCUCGGAGUGAUGGACAGCGGUAAGGAAGACGGCGCUAUAUCUAGGGAGGAAUGGAAGAGGGUAGCGUCCGCCAUCUCCGCAGUGUUUAUGAGGGUGGUGAGGGAAAACCCUGGCCCGCCCCCAAGCUGUGAAAGUGCCGGAUGGCACUACGGUUUGUUUAAAAGAAUCGUCUGCGCUGACGAACGGUCAGCCUCAAUGUACAGGGCGGCAGUAGCCUUGGUGGGAGAGGUAUGGGAGGGAGCUAAGCUGAAGGUGGUGAACAAGAAGGAUCUACCUGUGCGUCCGCGGGCACGUGUCUGGCUCCCCUCCGAACCCUCUGCUUCGAAGGAGACGGAGGAAAUUCUCCGCUACUGCAAUCCUAAACUUCCCACGCACAACUGGAGGGUGGUUAAGGUGGAGAAGAUUGAGGGAUUCUAUCGGAAGGCGUUGAUUCUGCUGAACUCAGAGUCUCUCAGUCCUCUCGCUGAAGCAAAAGGGGUUAUCAACUAUGGCUUCGAAAAGGUAGUCCUUAAGGUCUACCAAACCGAUGCCAGAGGAGAUGCCUCUGCACAUCCGGACGUGCUGGGAGAAGUAAGGCCCACAGUAGAGGAAGCUCCUGUGGAUAUGGAAUUGGAGGGUGACAAUGCUUAUGACGACCGCUCUUUACCGGGGUCCGUCAUAAGUAACGAGUCGUUCGUCGACAGGGCAGAGGAGGAGAGGCUUCUGGCUUCGGAGAGCGAGGACACCGUCCCUGAGGCUCUGGAUAGGACCUUGGAGGCUGAUUAUUUCUCAGAUAAAUCUUCAGCACUCUAAGGCGGCGUCCGCCAACCUACUAAUCCACCUUGAGCAAGGUGGAGCUGAUAUAGUCCUGAUUCAGAAGCCGUGACUAAGCAGCAACGGCAUUUCUGGGCUCAGGACGAAAAGCUACAAACUGGUGGCGUAUAGCAGGACAGCAAUGAAGACAUUGUAACGGUGAACUUGGAGGGCCCUUCUGGAAAGCUAUGGCUAAUGUCCCUCUACAUGGCACAUGACGGUUAUGUGGAACCACCUCCGGUGCUGCUAAGGGAACGCCUGGCUGAAGCAAAACGCAGGAAAAUCGGCGUUAUUAUAGGCACUGAUGCGAACUCCCCUCACACCCUUAGACUGGGGAAGUUCAGACAUGAAUGCAAGAGUUGCCCAGCAGAGAUGCCGACAUGGUCGUAAUAUUUCAGGGACAUGCAGACCAUUUGCCGAUUGUGAUGUGCUAAAGGAUCGCGUCAUUUUUCCGGAUGAGGAUUGCGAGUCCGGUACUAUUUGUUGUCCUGAUGAUGAUACAAAACCAGCAGAGCCUAAGCCCACCAAUUUGACAACUUUGCCUAUGGCUGCGUCAAUAAACACUAUUCGGCCAGUUGUGACACAAACCUCUACAAUAGCCCCGACACACCCGACGGCUAUUCCCGAAAAAGAACGCAUUUUCGAUGAAGAAUUCUACAGACGCUUGGGGUUGGCCUACGGGGAAAAAUAUGAUAUAUAUCACAAGUUAACACCUGCUACCGAUAAUAUUCAAGGUGAUAUUAUUUUAAGUACAACAACAACACCAGCGGAUAUCCCAACUCUACCAAACUACGAAGAGAAUUUGCAUCCACGUGGUUUAGCGAUAUUAAGUUCGCAAAAAUGUGGAUUUGUUUAUGCUAAUAAAAAUCCUAGCGCCGGCGGCGAAGAUGCGAGUAUACUUGAAUUUCCUUGGAUGGCGUUGUUGCAGUAUAACAGUCGCCGCUUCGCUUGUGGUGGUUCAUUGGUCACCGAUCGUUGGGUGCUGACGGCAGCCCAUUGCAUAAAUGCGGACAUAACCGGAGUCCGCCUGGGCGAGUACGAAAUUUCAGAAAAUUCCAAGAGAGACUGUGUCCGUGGAAAUAGAGUCAAUGAGUGUACCCAACAUAUUGAUGUUAGGAUAAGUAGCACGAUAAUCCAUCAGGAUUACCAAUCGGCAACUGGUUUCAAGGAUAUUGCACUAAUUAAACUAAAAAACAAAGUUCGAAGGAAUAAAAAUAUUAAACCGAUUUGCUUGCCGCUUAAAAGAGAAUUCUUCAGUGCACCGUUUGAUCAAAAUGUUUUGACAAUUGCCGGUUGGGGUUUAACGGAAAAGGGUUUCUCCUCGACUGUUCUGAAAAAGAAUACCAUUACUCAGCGCCCGCGUGCAGUAUGUCAACUUGCCUAUCCAGACGCGGAUGUAAAUCGAACGAUGAUUUGUUUAGGCGGCAGCAAUGAACUACCUACCAACUGCAAUGGAGAUCCGGGUGGCCCAGUAUUUUGGCUAGUGCAAGAUAAGUUACCGUUUUACACACAAAUAGGCAUUAUGCCAUUGGGUAUGAACAAAUGUGGUGGCGAAGAAAGCUCUUCCUAUUAUGCUGAGAGCGUCGCCCAUUCAAUGGAUUGGAUAACAAGAGUUAUUGGCGAAGUCAAGUGAAGUCUGAGGCAUACAAAAGAAAAAAUAUUUAUAUCCCAAAAUUGAUAAGUAAAAAAAAAAAAAAAUAAAAAUAAAAAUUACUUAAAAUAUUUUAAAUAUAUUAUAAUUUGGAUGAAGUGAAAUUACUUGCGGCCUAUACGAUCAUUAAACUUGAACGAAGACGUCUGUGAUUUCGAUAUUUGAAGUAGCUGCCAAGUCCGUUUAUUACGUUGGGGGUGAAGAUGCGGUUGAGACAACACCAGUUUUUGCGUCUGAUCUGAUGCUGCGUACAUGCCUCAUUUGGGCUUGUAAGCGAUUGGAUUUGGUUAACGGCUUUAAGCAGGGAUCCUUUUAAAUAAUUAUGGAUAACAAAAAAAAAAGUUAAUGAAUCUUGAGCUGUGAGUUGUAGCUGACCCCACCAUUCAGAAAUUCUCCUAAAAAAGAUGUCACUGAAUGAUGGAGAGAACGGCAGCAUAUCCAAAAAUGAAUGAAGGCUUGUGAUCUGGACCAUUUUUGCGGCAUUUAUGAAAAUCUGAGUCCAAUAAACGCGUUGUAAAAUAGCUGAAUUAUAGGAUGACUUGUUCAAGAAAGUUGUUUGUGCCGACGAGCGAUUGGCAUCAGUGUACAAGUUGGCACUAGCGUUGGUGGAAGAGGUGCACAGUUAGAGUAAGUAAGACAAAAAUGAUUUAUAUGAGCGUUCGCGUGCUUCCUUCUGAAUCAGCUUUGCGGCAAUGCGAGGCUUCUGACAUCUAACUGGAAGAAUGUUAUCUUCAAGAAAACGGUAGACCUCUAUUGUUUUCAUCACAUUUUGCUGGGAAAAAUUUCGCUCAUAUUACUCGCUACUACUACUCAAGAUGCCAGAAAUUGAGUCCCUGCCUGUCAAUUCCAGGAAACAUCUACGCGUGAGAAGACUUCUUGGCUGCCAACUGCUCCGACAACGCAUCCUCUGCAAUGAAACCUACUAUCAGCUACUUGAGCGAGCGUGACACACCAGACUGUCAGAAAACUAAAGCGGUAUUGUCUGGCGCAGCCCAGGGAUCUUUUCUCGGUCUGAGAAUCUGAGCUACGACGAUAUCCUGAGUAUAGAAAUGCCAGAAAACACUACUUCGUGAUAAAUGUGGACGAUAUAGUGGCGCCCAUAACAGCUCGAGAUACCGAGGAUGCCAGGAGGAAGCUGAACCAAUUCAUGUUAAGGACCUAAAUUUGGACCAUGGCCUGGAGUUCGCCAAACAUAAGACCGAAAUAAUUCUGAUGACACGAGGACACACGCCAGUCGAGGUCAGCAUGCAACUAGGCGACACAUCCCUGGUGACUCAAAAAAUGCUAUAAUACCUAGGUAUUCAACUAGAUUGCAGGCUUAUGCUCUGUGCUUAGAUAUAGCACGCGGCUUUUAAGGCAGCGAAGAUGAGAUGAAUGCUGAGCAGACUAAUGCCGCACAUCGGUGGACCAAACCAUGCAGCAGUGGCAAAGCCGAUUGGACACUGAACCGAGUGGCAGAUGGACGGCGAAACUCAUUGCUACAAUAGGGAAAUGGGUCCAAAGGAAAUUUGAGAAAGUGGGCUAUUUCAUGGCUCAGCUCCUCUCGGGCCCCGGAUACUUCCAAAAAUAUCUAUACCACAUGGGUUAGGUAAGUGACCCCAGGUGCAUAUAUUGCGAAGCACCGAGCGAUGACGCCGAACACCCGUUAUUUAAUUGCGACAGAUGGCUCGCGGACAGAAACCCUCUUAGGGGGCAGAUUGGCGCAAUCGCUUGACCAAUGUGAUUGGCAAAAUACUAGAACGUGAGGAUAACUGGACACAGACGGAGACAGAAGACGAGCCUUUAGCAUGAAGGUGGCUACAAGCAUAAGCAAAAUUUUUUAAAAUAAAGUCUUCAAGUGCUAAAACAGAUUUGUAUAUUAUAAAAAUAUUGUAGUUUAAAAUUAAUAAAAAAAGAAUUAAAUCAAUAAAGUGUACAUCUCGAAGC